UCCCUCUCUUCCAUCUCUUCAAAUAUACCCUUUUCUCCUUCCUUCUUAUUCACUUCCCAUUCUCUCUAAAUCCCUUCUCUCUCUCUCUCCUUAUCUCUUUGCCAUUUUAUAAGUAGAGCAACUCAAAUACACCAUUAAUGGAGUAACUGUGAAGUGAAAACUUCUUUUCUUUUCUCUUUCUCUCUUUGCUUCCUUCUUCCUCAUUUCAUCAUUAUGGGUCUUACUUCUCUUCAAGUCUGCAUGGACUCUUCUGAUUGGCUACAGGGUACGAUUAACGAAGAGUCUGGGAUGGAUUCUUCUUCAUUAUCAGGAGAUAUGCUUUCAUGUUCAAGGCCAUUAACAGAGAGAAGAUUAAGGCCACAACAUGAUCAAGCUCUGAAAUGUCCAAGAUGUGAUUCAACUCACACCAAAUUUUGCUAUUACAACAAUUAUAGCCUUUCUCAGCCUCGUUACUUUUGCAAAACUUGUAGAAGGUAUUGGACUAAAGGAGGAACUCUUAGAAACAUUCCUGUUGGUGGUGGCUGUAGAAAGAACAAAAAGGUCUCCACUACUAAAAAAUCCAAUGAUCAACAACAACAACAACCACAAAUUCAACAACCCAUUUCUCAAAAUCAUCAUCUUCUUCAUGGCCCUUCUUCUUCUUCUUCUUCUUCACUUCACAUUCAUAAUCCCACUGAUCUUCAUCUCUCAUUUCCAGAUCAAGUUCAGUUCCCUCAUUUCAAUCCUCUCAUUGGAAACUCUCCAAAUUUCACCAUUGGAAUGCUUGAAACUCAUCAUCAUCAUCAUCAUCAAACUAGACCCAUUGAUUUCAUGGACACUAAAAUGGAAGCCAUUGUUGGGAAUAAUGGUCAUUACUCUACAAACCCAGAUCAUUUAGCUAUGAUUGGAGGGCUUAAUGGAGAUCAUCAUCAUAUCACAGCUGCUGCAACAAAUUUCCAUGGAAUUUGCUCUCCUUAUGGACUGUCACUUGAUGGGAAUAUCAAUCAAAUGAUGAUUCCUUAUGAUCAACAUCAAACAAAUGAAGAUCCAAAUGGAAUGGAUGUGAAACCAAAUACAAAGCUUUUGGCUUUGGAAUGGCAAGAUCAAGGAUGUUCAGAUAAAGUUGAAUCUUAUGGAUAUAUUAAUGGAAUUGGGUCUUCUUGGAAUGGGAUGAUGAAUGGAUAUGGACCAUCAACAACCAACCCAUUGGUGUAAAAUUGAAGGGGAAAAUAGCACUCAAAAUCAUCAAAUGGUAUCAAACAACUUGAGAUUGAUAGGGGUCUAUCAUAAUUAGUGCCUUUUUUUUUCUUUUUAUCAGUUUCUUAAAAAGAAAAAAAAAAUGUCUGAUUUUUGUUUAAUUUAAAUCUCUCUAAUUUGGAGUGUGGUUUUGGGAUUGUGUCUACAAAUCCAAGGCUCUCUAUUAGGAUUUUGUUGUAUUCUAGGGAGUGCUUUUGUAGUAUAAAAAAAAAAGACUUGUUUUUUCUUUUCUUUUCUCUCUCUCAAGUGGUUGUUAAUUAAUUAGUAAGUUAUGUUUGAUUAUUGAUGUAUGAUAA